AACGGCUCUGAUGCUAUCUCAACAUCAGAUAGCGAUAAAAUUAGAUAAUAUACCUUUAAUAUCUUAAUUGAAUUAUUGAAUACAACGGAAACCCUCUCUAGUUAACAAAUUACGACUCCUAAGAUCUUUAUCUAAUCAAGAUUCCAGACUAAAAUAAAAGUGGUGCUAACAAAGUUUUUCCAGUCAUGAUUCAGACAAUGCUGUUGUCGAUUAGCGUUGCUCUCUUAGUGUGGAUGGGUGGUGUGAAGUCGGAUCCACUUGUGGACACUCCGGCAGGGUUGAUCAGAGGUUUGCAAUCAGUAGACGGUGAGUACUCUAUGUUUCUCGGUGUUCCGUACGCUUUAGUCGAUGAAAACAAUCCGUUUGGGAUAUCCUCGCCGCAUCCCGAUUUCAAUGAGACUUUCAACGCCAUAGACGAUUCUGCCGCGUGUCCACAACUAUCACCUAUCAACGACGGAGGGACUUUACAAUGUCUCAACCUGAACAUAUACGUUCCGAAGACAGCCACCCCCCGCAACCUGCUCCCCGUCAUGGUCUGGAUCCACGGUGGCGGCUUCAGACAUGGAAGCGGUAACUGGCGGGACUACUCCCCGGAAUUCUUAAUCAAGCAAAACGUGGUUUUGGUUUUCAUGAACUACCGCCUCGGGCCUUACGGGUUCUUGUGCUUGGAAGACUCGAGAGUACCAGGGAAUCAGGGUUUGAAAGAUCAGCAUCUGGCUUUGGAAUGGGUCAAUAGAAAUAUUAAUGCUUUCGGCGGGGAUAGCAGUCGAGUCACGUUGUUCGGCGAGAGCGGCGGCGCGAUCUCUGUCCAUUGGCAUUUGCUGGCGAAUCACGAAAAGCUCUUCCAUAAAGCUAUACUGCAGAGCGGGUCCGCUUAUAUGCCAGGCACAACGGUAAAACCGGACAACACAGUGCCUUUCAAAAUUGCCGCCAAAAUGGGCUUCGUGACCGAAAACCUCGACUUAGCGCUAUCGUUUCUCGCCAAACAAGACCCGCCUGUACUAGUCAGAAAUGCCAACGCUUUGGUAGACGAAGGCCUGAUCAAAUUGAGGCCGUGCGUCGAAAAACAAUUCGAAGGGACCCAUAGAUUCAUCACGGAUUACGCCAAAAAUUUACAAGUCGACGAGAUACAGGAUAUCCCAAUGAUUUUCGGUUUCAACGAACGAGAGAACUUGGUUUACUAUCAGAGUCAGUUCUUGAAGGUUCCCCUGAAAGACAUCCUCGGUUUCGAUGACGAACAAACGGAAUACGUGAACAAAUUUUAUUUUGGCGACGACGGACCCAUUGAAACACGCGAAGACGAAUUCAUUGAUAUGACGUCCGACUUCAAUUUCAACCAUCCGAUCGAGAGGAGCAUGAAACAGUUCACCGAAGCCGGCGUCAAGGACAUAUACUAUUACGUGUUUUCGUACGACGGCGGCCGGAACAUGAUGAAAAUAGCCCGGAACGUGACCGCGCCGGGAGCGACACACGGCGACGAAUUGGGCUAUUUGUUCGGCACUGAUUUGAUAACCGGAAUACCCAACGACGAAGACGUACACAUGAUAGAGAAAAUGACAACGCUUUGGGGAAACUUCGCUAAGUACGGAAACCCAAUCCCGGAGACCUCUCAACUACUACCCGUGAAGUGGACUAAGAUCUCCCAGAAUACAAGACCCUAUAUUAACAUAGACAGCGCCUUGGAGUCUAAGAACAGACCAUUUAAACAAAGGCUUACAUUUUGGGACCUAUUUUACGAGUACUACGAUCAGAAAUUUCAUUUAAAACACCUAAAUACUUGCUGAAGUCAAUCCUCAAUAUUAUCAUAUACGGUGGAGCGUUAUUUAUUUAUUUAUUACACUUCAUGUAAAAAUUAGAUUGGCGGACUAAAUGCCUAAGGCAUUCUCUACCAGUCAACCAAAGGUAGUGCAGAGUAAAUAGUGGUAGAUGCAAUGAAAUUUAUAUUGAGUUACAAAUACAUACACAUAUACAUACACACAUACAUACAUUCAAUAGUUUAUACAGUAUUAAAAGGAAUAUAUUAAUAAAUUUCCUUAACAAAUAACUUCACCUCAAUAAGUUCAUGACGAUUCCGCUAACUUUUCCGACAGCAUUCGCCGAACCCUUAACUUGAACGCGCACCGGUUAGUAAUAGUCCUGUGUUCUUAGUGCGAGUUUCUUAACGUUCUCGAUAGCGUAAAAGUUAAGCCAAAUUUGUAUGCAAUUGGAACAGCGCCCCUAGCGGCAACCGUAGGCAAACGUUUUAACUCCAUACAAAUAUGAGCUAACUUUCACGCUAUCGAGAUCGUUAAAAAACUCGCACUAUGCGCUCUGAUCUCGAGAGGAAGCGCAUUCCAUAGCAGAACAGACUAGAUGGCGAAAGAGUUACGAACAUAAUUAUAACUAUGUGUUCCCACACAACGAAUUAAUAGGCUAUGGAGAGAACGUAAGGCUACUCAUGGCUGGAGUGAAAAUAUUGAAAAUAGGGAGUCAGACAGGAAGGAGAUUCGGGAGACAUAAGUAAGGAGUGAAGAGUCGUCAGUGCACGUAAAUUACGACGCUGGCGAAUCGGUAGAAGUUUGAGCUGAGCACGAAAGGAAGAUAUAUGAUCAUAUUUACGAAAUGUCGCGCCUUGAACUAUCUGAAUGGUUUGUCUCGACUUCAUGUUGACUCUUUUGAAUUUUCUUCGGUUGCUGUGGAUGAGAUCAAAAAACUUCAGAGGUGUCAAGGGACACCCGGAUGGAACGAAGUUCCUUUCGAUUAAUUAGUGAAGGAAUUGUAAUUUUUUUUUUAAGUUAUAAUAAUAAAUUACGGCUUUAUGAAGAAGAAAAAAACAAUACUAUGAACUAAAUUACGAUUGUUGAAACGCUAUCUCGAGAAACUGUACUCAUUACGCGGACCAAUCGGAUACGAGCAAUGUCACGCGAUAAGCGCCUACACGUUGAUUGGUCAGAAUGACGGAUCUAAAAAGUGUCGUGACAACUUUUCGUAAGAAUUUUUUCCGUCUAGCCCCCUUUCACAACGCGCGAUAAGGAACUUCGUUCCAAAAAUAUUAUCCUGUCCAUAAAAUCGAACGCCGUGGGUUGUGACAAUAUAAGUCGCCAUAUGAUCGUCACAAUCCUGGAUCAUCUUCUGCCAGCUAUAUGGCACAUCACAAAUUUCUCCCUAUCUUCAGGCUCUUUUUCGUCAUUGUGGCGUAAGGCCCCCUUCCUUUCCAAAUCACUUUAGGCCCAUAUCUAUUCUUCCCUUACUGUCAAAGGUGAUCGAGGCCUGUGCACACAAACAAUUGUCGCAGUUUAUUUUCCAGAAAAACCUAUUGAGUCCUUACAAGUCUGGCUUCCGACCAGGUCACCGCACCGUUUCCGCUCUCCUUAAAGUGGUUGGCGACAUUAGGGCAGGUAUGCAAGAAACUAAAGUCACCGUACUCGCACUAAUUGAUUUUUCAAAUACGUUCAAUGCCGUCAAUCACGAUAUCCUCCUAUCUGUUCUGUCCUAUGUUAUGAUCUUUCCUACAGCGCUGAAAUGGUUUUCAUCAUAUCUUCGGGGACGCCAGCAGUCUACUCGUAUUGAUGACACCUCUUCAAGUUGGUGUAGUGUCGACUCUGGCGUGCCCCAAGGCGGUAUUUUGUCUCCCAUUAUCAUUUUCUAUUUUUAUAAUUUUUUUAACAAAUAAUCUUCAGUGUGCGUAUUAUCUGUAUGCUGAUGACUUGCAGCUUUAUAGACAGACGACUGUGGAGUCCAUUUCUCAGGCAAUAAACCAGUUAAAUAGGGACCUGGACUACAUAUGUAAUUGGUUAACUAAGUUAGGCUUAAGCGUGAAUCCAACGAAAUGCCAGGCCAUUAUUGUGAGUAGUUCUCGUAUGGUCCAACGCUUAACUACUAUGUCACUCCCACCUAUAUUCUAUAAUGGCACAGUGAUUUCCUUAAGUUCCGUGGUUAAGAACCUAGGCCUUUACAUAGACUCCACACUCUACUGGAAAGCUCAAGUAUCUUACAUUGGACAAAGAACCUCUGGAAUUCUUCUGUAUCGCCUCAAGAAUUUCUUACCAUCAGCGACUAUGAUAUAUAUGUUGGAGUAUUUCCACUUUCGGGUAGCGACAUGGUAAGCGGGCGGUCUUCGUAAGUCAAUAAAACAGAAAUGUUAACUCAGAGCGUAUAUUACGCAGGAGCGUUCCGUCUGAUACGGCGACUCGCUCGCUUCUGAGCUCGAGUUUUUUUUUUUUUUUUUUUUUUUUUUUUUUUUUUUUUUUUUUUUUUUUCCUACCUAAUCUGAUAGCCCUAGCGGCUAUUUCAGCGUAACCCUAACUUUAGUAGGUGAGCUCACGGGGCUCAAACCUGACGAUGUUGCUAACACGAACCCUAGCAAGAGUCGUGCUUCGCAGAAUCUACCACCGGAUCGGAAACGCGACCCACUGAGAAGAUCCGGCGAGAAACUCAGUGGGCUGUGUCUGAGAGUUAAUUUACUCGUCGAGCCCUUCGUCGCAAGCGACGGGUUCGACGAGAACGGUGACCGGUGCUUGAAGUGCCUAAAAGCACCGUUAGUGGAUCGGGAGGAUCCGAGAUGACGUGUUUUGGGCGACGUCGACUGCUUUCCAUUCUGUCCGCAGGAUCGGGAAUGUAGUUACCGGCGGCCACGAUGAGAGGGUUCUCGUGUCGUGCCGCUUUAUCGAAGUGGCGCAUGGACGCCGACUGCAGAUACUUACUGAUGGACUCUAAGUCCAGGUCGUCAUGGAGGUCGACAUUCCUGACGAACCACGGGGCUCCGACGGCUAUCCUGCAAAAACGGGAUUGAAUGAUUUGAAAGGAUUUUAAGUGUAUGCGGGCCGCGUGAGCGAACACUACACUUGCAUAGGUCAUGACGGGGCGUAUGCAAGUUUUGUAGAGUGUCACCUUAUUUCUAAGGGACAUUUUACUUCGCCUUGAUGUGGGGGCGGAAUGUCAUCCUACUGUCGAGGGUGACGCCUAAAUAUUUGACCUUCGGGGCCCACGGUAUGGGCUGGUCGAACAUCGUGAUUGGGCGAACGGCGGGGGCGGGGGUGUUGACGCGCCUAGUCGGGAGAGGGAUGCUCAGCGUGGUGUUCGGAGGGCGACCCCUUUUGAAGAGCACCGCUGUGCUUUUCGUGGGGUUAAUGUCGAUGCGCCACUUCCGGAACCACUGUCCCAUGGUGGUAGCUGCGGUCUGAAGUCGUCGAUGAAGCAACGCCUUCUUCCUACACGAGUAGUAGAUGGCGGUGUCAUCGGCGAAGAGCGCCAGAUGGGUCUCCGGAGACCGGGGUAUAUCAUUGAUAUACAAACUGAAUAGUAACGGGGAGAGGGCGGAGCCUUGCGGGACUCCGGCUGUGACGUGACGGGGCCGGGAACGCGUUCCCUCGACUCGAUAUCGGAACGAACGGUUCGACAAGUAGUCUCGUAUGAUGAGCACGAGUCUGUCUGGCACUCCCAUGUUAUACAGUUUGUAUAUCAAACCGUUGUGCCAGACUUUGUCGAACGCCUUCGCUAUAUCGAAGAAGAGGGCUCCUGUCGGAAUGGGUUGGCUCGAGAGACAACAACGGAGCGUUUUUAUAGCAAGGUAUCGUGGUGGGACGAUGUUGUUUACGAUUUUUAUCUUGCACGUGUUGUUUUCGAUGAAUGCUUGCAGCUGUUGUUUGUCGUCCCAUCUUUAUUAGUCAUGAAGUAAUGGUUUAUAAAAACACGCGCCGACAUAUAUGACUAUGAUAUAUGAAGACUAUGCUAGUACAAGCCUUGAUCUUCCCUAUAAUUGAUUACGGUGAUGCAUAAUAAAAUAAAUUCAAUUAAAAUGGCCGUGUGAAUUCUUUCUGGUCUCCCGAAGAAUAUUGAUGAAUUAUGGAAGUUAGAAGUACGGAGCACUAUCUCAGUGUAUUAAAAAGUGUCCAUUGAAAAGGAGCCAAUUAAGGUGGCGCCACAGUAGCAAAAGGAAAUAUUAAAAAAAAAACAGCGCCAUAAGCUGUUAGAAUAUGAUAAUAAAUGACGAACGAAAGAAACACUUCCUACGUAAAUAUUAAUAAAAAUAAAAAUAAA